AUGAGAUUAUUUUUAUUAUUAGUAACACUUUUCAGUGUUACAACUCAAAUAUAUGCAGAAUUUUCAGAAGAUCAAAUGACAAAUAUUGUAUCUGCAUUCAAUAAACUUAGAUCAACAGUUACACCAAGAAAUUUAGGAGAUUAUAAUCAAGUUUCAUGGAGUGAUAUUCUAUAUGCAAAUGCAUUAACUCAAACCCAAACUUGUCAACGUAAUUCACUUUAUUCACCAGCCGGUUCAGCAGGUUUAUAUGGUGAAUCUUAUGCAUAUUUCGAUAAAGAUCCAUCUGUAAAUGAUGUUCAAGAUAAACUAUCCGCUGGAAGAUUAUAUUAUAAUUAUGAUGAUACCCAAUGUACUGGAAAUCAUGAUUGUACUCCAUAUUUAAAUAUUAUUUGGAACACAACUACACAAGUAGGAUGUUCAAAAAGUGAAUGUGAUGGUAAAACAUUAGUAGUUUGUAAUUAUAAUCCACCAGGUAGUUUUUCAGGUAUUCCACCAUACACUGCAAGACAACAUGCUGAUUUAACAACAAUGAGUUAUGAAGAAUGGCCAAAUAAAAUUGUGAAUUUAAAUCAAAGAUUAGUUAGAAGAGAUGACGAUCAUAUUUACACUGCAAGUGUCCCAACUGAUGGAUCAUUCGAUUGGAGAGAUAAUGGUGUUGUUGGUUUCCCAAAGGAUUCUUCGAAUUGUGCCUCUGGUUGGGCUUUCACUGCUGCUGGUAUUUUUGAAUCAAGAAGUGCUAUGAGAACUAGACAUAGAUAUGAUUAUUCCGCUCAACAACUUAUAGAUUGUAUUAAUGUUUGUAUUAUUAUUUUCUCAAAUUUUUCAAUUGGAAAUUAUACAAAAUGUAGUAGAUUCAGUGGUGAAUUAAAUAAAGCAUUAAUGUAUGCCCAAGCAUAUGGUCUCCAAGCUACUAGUACCUAUCCAUAUGUUGGUGCUUCAUCAAUAGGUUGUUCAUAUAAUCAAUCAUCAAUUGCUGUUGAAGGUGGUGAUGUUGAAUAUUCACAAGUUGGUAGAGAUUCAAUCGUUGAAAAAUGUAGAAAACAAGGUCCAGUUGGUGUUGGUAUUUAUGUUACCAAUGAAUUCUUAUAUUAUGCUGGUGGUAUUUUCGAAUGUAACAAUACAUUGAUCGAUAAUGCAAACAUUAAUCACAAUGUAUUAUUGGUUGGUUAUAAUGAAAAAGAUAAUUACUAUAUCAUUAAAAAUAAUUUUGGUCGUACUUGGGGUGAAAAUGGUUUUGCUCGUAUUACUGCCGAUGUUAACAAAGAUUGUUUAAUAGCUAAAAAUCCAGCUUAUUCCAUCCAAAUUUAA